UGACUGGACUGACAUCACCGAGCCCAUCACUGAAGCGUGUUCCUCUAUGGGUUUGGGCCAACUCGUUCAUGGCGAGGACUACAGCCCUUUUGAGGCGAUGAGCGCUAUUGAGCUUAUGCAGCCCAAGAUGGACGUUGGCUUGCAGACUCCUGCCAACCUCGAGAAGGUCAUCGAUACGAUCGGCGACCUCAGUGACGCAGAUGCAAAGUAUGUGGCUGACGGCAUGCUUGCUAUGAUGUAUUUGUAUUUUAAUGGUAACACGACGUUGCAGACGGUCUGGUCCUGUUUGUUGUGUCAUCACUUGGACGCGGUUCGCCACGCUGGUCUGAAGUACUUCCUCAAUUUGGCGUUGAGAUGCUCUGGGCUGGCUCGAGAGAUCAUGCUCGAAUCUGACGUUAUCGCUGAUGAAGACGCGCCUCUGGCUCUGUUGGGAGCCGACUUGGAGCCCAAGAAGCUCCCUGUAGUGACCGAUUGCCUGGGUGGGAGAAUAGCGCUUCUUGAAGAGCUGGAGGAAAUGUUAGAGUGUGUUAAGAACAGCAAGAAUGAGGGUUGCAAGAAGACUGUGGUCGACGAGGUGUUGGAUGCUCUGCAAAGGGCUGGUCAUGAUGGGGUGUUGGUAGAUGAGGAGGAAAGGAGGAAGCAGCUUGAUAGGCUUUUUGAUGCCAGUAUUAAUAAUAACGACAUGCCUCCAGGACCGCCCCGCCAAGUACCUUCGUUGAGUCGUGAAGAUGCUUAUUCGAGCAUGGACUCAUUGCUGACUGAUAUCGGCUAUGCUUUUGAAGGUUUAUCGAGGAUCACCAGUCUCGAUAACUUGGAACAUUUCCUGGAAGACCUUCGACACGGCAGUGCCAGUGAGCAGCCUCUUGUUCGGGCGAUUAUUAGCUUGAGAUUGAUGGACACUGUGGACGUGGAAGCUCUUGUUAAGGAUUCCCUCGAGUCCUUUGGUGUGCCCAGUGAUCUGUGGACGGCCCAUAGAGACAUCUCGACCGACGUGUUAGCUAACUGUGUUCGGCUUACGCAGCUGCGCGCGCGGACUCUUUUGAAGAGCCGAUCGAGACAGCAUAGGAGCAUCCCUAAGCUCAUCCCGGAGUAUAACUUCAUGCAAACUCAAGGAUUGGGAAUGGAUGAAAUGCUCGAGAUCAACUACGGCAAGCGAUUAGGAUUCAAGAAACCGAUGUGGACGUGGGUGACCGACCAAGCUAUAAGCCUGAUGCAGAUAGAGUUGCAGCUUACUUUUGAACUUGGCCUAGCAGACAACGAAGAGAUGCCUAUGCUGUUGUGGUUUGAGGACUAUCUCAUUGGUGUUAGG